ACCCAAAGAAGGCAGUCAAGUUUUCCCGCAAACCCCAAAACAAGCUUCAUCACUGCAGUCGAAUUGAAGCCGGAGAACUCUGGAAAAAUGGAAGCAACGAAAUCAAGAAGAAAACCCAGCAAAAGGAAACCAUUCACUGAUCUCACCAACGCAGCCCCAUCGUCUCUGCCUUCUUCAAUCAAACCCCCAACCAAAUCUUCACACUCUUUGUCUCUUAAAUCCCUUUUCAACGACAACCCCAAUGCUCAUCUUAACUCCAACUCCAAUUUCACUGCAACCGGAUCCCCAAUCAAUGAUAAUGUUAACAGUAAGAAAAAUAAGGAAGACACGGUAAAAGGUCCAAGUAACGAGGCAAACCCUAGCUCAACCCUGUCUCCGCCGCCCAAAACGCCUUCUGUUUCAGGCGAUGGUGAUUCUGUACUUUCCGAGCUGUCUACAGUUUACAAAAGAAGACAGACUGCUGAAAAAGGAAGACCAAAGGGAAGGGGAUUAUGGAACCUACCAGUUGCUCUCUUGAAACAAGAAUGCCAAACUUAAGGAAGAAAACAUAUGGAGAUGGUGAUAUUCGACUCUCCAAAUCAUGUCCGAUGCCUUGUAGAAAGAAACAACGCCGAGAGAAGGGUGAGGUAAAUGCUUCAAAGCAUGAGUUGCCCCAAGAUUUCAUUGACAAACAGAGAGCCUAUUUUGCGGAGAUUGAUGCAUUUGAACUGGAAGAGGAGGUAGCAUCAGCUGAUGAGUCGGAAUAGAUGAAACAAAUGUAUAUAGCUGAAUGAUUUAGGUGAAUACAAUUUAGGUGCUUUAAUCCUGUAAUCUUCAUCUGAUGGGUUACCGAUAAAUUUCAUGUAAUUACCACGUUACCAAGUCAUAUCAGAUGCUUGAGUCUUCACCAUCCUAUCUCUUGUAGUAGUCUAGUUUACAGCAUUGGUAUAUUGUAGUUGACGGUUAGUUAAAUCUAUGUGAAGCUAAAUUGUAGUUUAUA